AGAACAACAAUUACUACUACUACUACUACUAAUGGUGGACAACCAAAGGCGGUGAUGGCUAAUGAUGCUGGUGUUAAGGAAUGGAGUGAUUUUCUUGGAACAGCAGCCUGUAAUUCUACAUUAAGUGGAAGUAAUAAAACUGCUGGUGGAGUAAAUUGUUCGGAUUGGAAAUCUCGGGGGUUUAUUGAGGGAAUAUCGGAACGUUCCGAUGGAUCAAACUCAAAGAGUGAGGUACAACAACAGGUGAAUAAUCUACAAGGCCAGAAAGAUCCAGAAGAGCCACAGGAAGUUGCUUCUUCAUUGCAUGUAGGAAAGCAAGAUGGGAAGCAGGGGAAUCAACCGCAAGGGGCUGCAGUGGAUCAAGUAAGUCGUCAAGAACAAUCAACUGCGAAGGAUGAAGGCCCACACAAAGCUCUGGGGACUGAACCCCAAUCUGGUGGGAAUGCAGAACGUGCGCCGGAAGCAUCAAGUACAUCCGCACAACUUCCUUCUUCCACUACUGCUCCAGAAGAUAACAGCACAACCUCGACACCAUCCAAUAACGAAACUACAGGAACCAAUGCUUCUGGCGCAGACAUGGGCACCACUGCCGCAUCAGGCUCACAAGAAACCAAUUCCACUACUCUGCCGAGCUCCGAAAACACUGUCACUGAAGCACCAACCACCACUCCAUCUACUGCUCCCAACGCAGAGAUUACCUCUAUUGCCUCCGCAGUGCAGAGCAAGGCUAAUGCUGACAGCAGCAGUGUCAGUCCUGUGUGGAUGCGCACUGCAGCACCUCUGCUUAUUGUGGUUGUGUUGUUCUCCGUUACCAUGUACUGA